AGGUGCCACGUGUAGGAUUUUGCCCUCGCUCAUUGCACUUCCCAGUGAGUGACUUGACUCUCUUUCUCACACCUCCUUUUUUCCCCGAUGCUAACUCUACAAGCUUCGUCUCGUAAAGAAAAUUCGAAAGCUCAAUAGAGAGAACUCAAUUGAAUCAUCAAAUGAGGACAGUGAUUUCGCGCUUGAUCCAUUCCACGCCUUCCAUUUCCAGGCUCAAUGCCACGGUAGUGUCAAUCAGCGGGAGAAAUCUCUGCACAGAUUCUAACAAAGUUGAUGGGCCAUUCAAAGUUGAAGAAGCAGAGACUGUAAAUGUGCCUCCACUCCCAACAGAAAAGUUGCUUGUGUUGGGAGGGAAUGGGUUUGUUGGAUCACACAUUUGUAGAGAAGCCUUAGACCGUGAUUUGUCUGUUGCGAGUCUUAGCAGGUCUGGUAGGUCAUCCCUGCAUGAUUCCUGGGCUACCAAUGUUGCUUGGUAUAAAGGGAAUCUCCUUUCAACUGAUUCAUUGAAAGAAGCUCUGAAUGGGGUCACUGCUGUUAUCUCAUGUGUUGGUGGUUUUGGCUCCAACUCUUACAUGUACAAAAUUAAUGGGACUGCUAACAUCAAUGCAAUUAGAGCAGCUUCAGAUCAAGGUGUUAAAAGAUUUGUCUAUAUCUCUGCAGCUGACUUUGGUGUAGUAAAUUACUUACUGCGGGGGUAUUAUGAAGGAAAGAGAGCUUCUGAAACAGAGCUCCUGACCAGAUUCCCAUAUGGAGGAGUAAUUCUGAGGCCAGGAUUUAUUUAUGGUACUCGAAGUGUUGGGAGUAUGAAGAUACCCCUUGGUGUAAUUGGAUCUCCAUUGGAAAUGGUUCUCCAAGUUGCUAAACCAUUGAACCAGAUCCCACUUGUUGGGCCUCUAUUGACACCUCCUGUCAAUGUUACUGCGGUGGCAAAAGUUGCUGUUAGAGCUGCUACUGAUCCUGUUUUUCCCCCGGGGAUCAUUGAUGCUUAUGGAAUACAACGUUACAGUCAGCAUAAAUCAAACUAGAAAAUUAUCUAUAUUUUGUUUUCUGGGUAAAUCUAAUAUGGGGCGAUUUGCCUCUGAAUAUCUGUGUUUUAGUAUUGUUAAACUGAGAAUAUUUCUUCAUUCCAUAUCCUUGAGAGAAUAAAAUCUGAAAGUGCGAGCAUGUAGCCAUAGAUCUACCUUUCCAAUUUUUUAACUUCAAUACAUCAGAAUCUUUUUGGCUGAUUUCUUUCGCCUUAUGUAAUUAACCACUUAGGUGGGUUCCAAUGCUCGUUGUGUAAUUGAUUUCUUUUGAAAGAUGGAGAGAGAUUGUGAACAAUGGUUUCGUGAAAUCACGUGAUUUUCAAAGCAAAUAAUAUAAUUCCAUUCGAGUUAA